AUGGCCGACGUCGCGUACCUCCGUAGCCUGCUCAAGGAGCACCCUGACUUCCCCAAGAAGGGCAUCGUCUUCCUCGACAUCUUCCCGCUCUUCAAGCAGCCAACUUCCGUUGAGGCGCUCCUCUCGCACUUCUUCAACCAUCUCGCCGCGGGCGUCCUCGCAAAGGAAGGUGGUGUCGAUGUUGUUGUCGGACUCGACGCGCGUGGGUUCCUCUUCGGACCGAUCCUAGCGUUGAGGUUGGGCGCGGCGUUUGUGCCGGUGCGUAAGCGCGGAAAGCUGCCGGGAGAGUGCGUGCAGGCUACGUACACCAAGGAGUACGGCGAGGAUAUCUUCGAGAUGCAGGCGGGCGCGAUUGAGCAGGGCCAGAAGGUGAUUGUCGUUGACGAUCUCAUUGCUACCGGCGGAUCCGCGGGCGCGGCGGGUCAGCUCGUGGAGAAGCAGGGCGGGCGCUUGCUCGAGUUUUUGUUCAUCAUCGAGCUCACGUUCCUCAAGGGCGCGGAUAAGCUCAAUGCGCCGUCGUACUCGAUUGUCAAGGUCGACGACUAG